UCGUAAAAUAUUUGGAAAAAUCGUGUUUCCCAGUCAAACGUACUUAAAUACGGCAAAAUGUAGUUAUACUUUAUGAUAUUUUUAAUAAAUAAAAUUUGUGUAUAUCACUUUUGUGAAAAUUAGUAUAAAAAGGAAUUUUCAACCUUAACUCACAAUGGCAUCGUCUACUCAAAAUGAGCUACGAGUUAGCGGUACAAAUAAUCAUCCAGUAAAAGAUGUUUAUGCAUGCUUACCGGAAUGUCGAGCUGGUCCACGGCCUCCAAGCACAACUCCACCACCACAGGAUCCAAAUCUACCAUAUAAUAUUGUGGAAUCAUCUUGUGAGGAGCUACGUUGGGUUCCAUCCAUUGCUGUUGAUUCGGAUUUACUUAUGUACUUGAGAGCUGCACGAAGUAUGGCUGCUUUUGCUGGUAUGUGUGAUGGGGGUAGUCCAGAAGAUGGAUGCGCCGCAGCAAGUCGCGAUCACACAACUUUAAAUGCUCUCCAAGUUUUGCAUGACUCAAAUUACGAUCCUGGUAAAGCAUUACAGGCACUUGUUAAAUGUCCAGUACCAAAAUCAAUUGAUAAAAAAUGGUCGGAAGAGGAGAUUAAACGUUUUGUUAAAGGUUUACGUCAAUAUGGUAAAAAUUUCUUUCGUAUUCGAAAAGAUCUGUUACCGCAUAAAGAUACGCCUGAAUUAGUGGAAUUCUACUAUUUAUGGAAGAAAACACCAGGUGCAAAUAAUUCACGACCCGCUGGUUUAUACCGUCGAUCUAGCAACGCAAAUCGACGACAAAAUCAACAAGCUGCAUCGCUACGUCGAAUUCGUAACACAAGAAAUACUCGCAAUGCGGCUGCUGCCGCAACACCAAAUAAAAAUGCGACUACUAAUUGCGCAAACUCAUCAAAUGGUGCUGAUUCAGAUGCAGCAAGUGCUCCAUCGACUCCGGUCAGUGGUAAUGCAGCUAUCAAGGAGACCAAACCCAGUACUCCGGUGACGGCGACUAAUGGUAAAGACACUACUGAUGGUGCCAAAGAGGGUGCACAAAUAACAAAUGGUUCGCUAACUGACGACGAAGUUAAUAAUUCUGAUGAUGAGAGUGAAGGUAAAAGUAAGGAUGCGACUACGGAUGGAAAUGAUGGGGAAGAUGGCGAUGAACAAGAGAAUAAUGGGUCGUCUGGACGUGUUAUGCGUACUAGGAAAUCUGUUAAAGAACAGAAUAAUUCUUCAACACCACAAAGAUCGUCUCGAGCGAAACGUGGUGGAACUGAAACGCCAGAACAAGACGAUGGUGGGUCAAAUUCAAAUUCAUCGACAUCGAAACGAAAAACAUCCUCAACAGUUCAAACACCCAAUGUCAAAAGUGAAACACCCAGUAAAGGUGGUCGUAAACGUAAUCAAGAGACACCGGGUACCAAAAUUGAAUCGAAUAGCAACAGUAACGAUAACAGUAACAUGGAUGCCGUUGACAAGGAUAGUAGUAUAAGUAACUCGCCGAAGAAACGACGUUCAAAUACAGAACAUCCAGAAAGCCCUUCGGAGAGCUUAACAAAUGAAUCGUUUGUUACGAUGGAGGAUAAUGAUCAAAUGAUGGAAACCGAUAUGAAUGAUUCCACAACAGAUCAAUCAUCUUUGACUCUAAUAGAUCCGCUAAGUGGACCGAUUAACGUGAAAAUUGAACCUGAAAGUGAAACUGAGCAAACAACUCCUUCGCAGCCAUCGCAUCCAACAUCAUUAAACGUUUCUAUAAAAUUGACAGACGACUUAUCGAAAGUUCGUAAAAAUUUAACUGACAUGGAUGGCAUGUGUAAAAAAGAACUUGCCACCAAAUUAGAACUCGGUUCGCCAACAUCAAUCAAAACUGAAAAAGCAUCUCCAACAAUUAUGGCUAAAUGUGAGAAACCAUUAACGCUAAAUAUCAAAACCGAAAACAAGUCAAUAAUACCAGUAGUUACCCAUCCAAUAAAAACCGAAAUGAAAAAGGAAAUUUUCGAAAUCAAGAAAGAACCUAUGUUAUCCCCCAACUCCGCCAAACCUGUCGAAUCACCUACAAUGAAAAUGGCAUCAGAUCCAAUGAUGAACAUGUCAACACAAUUAAUCCAACCACAUACCCCAGAAAAUAUGGAAAUGCAUAAGAAUAAUCCACUAAUUCAGAGUCCACAUAAUCCAAAUUCUGCGGAAUUAAUUAUACCAAAUGUACAAAACUUGCAAAACAAAUGUGAUAAAGACACGAAUAACGUAUCCAGAUAUGCUCCAAUAUCACCAAGUCCCAAUAACAUGAUGGCUGGUUCACCGUUACAUCCAAGUAGUAAAGAACCUACAAAAUUAGGUCUCAAACCAGAACAGGUUCCACCAUCUUCUACGAGUUUGUUUAAUCCAUACAACUCGCCUCAAUUUAGUAAUGCAAUCCAACCUCAAUAUCGGCAAACAAGUGCGUAUCCUUCUCAACAGGGUCCUCCGAUGCCAGGACAAAUUAAAUUAGAACCUCGCGAAUUGACAGUAAGAGAACCUCGUGAUAUUAACCGUGAUCCAAACAAUCGAAAUAUGGAACCUCGAGGUGAUCCUCGAACGGAAUUAUUACUUCGAGAGGCCCGUAGUGUUGACGGCGAACGUGGUAAUCCAAUGGAACAUAGAAAUAUGAGUAGUCCACGGGGGGAUGUUCCUAGAGGACCUAUGGAACAACAUCGUGAAUCAUUAAGUCGUGGUCAAAUUGACUUAACUCGUGGUCCGGACUCAUCUCGUGAUUCUAUGGAAUCAACAAUGAGUGAACGUAGUUUUAGUCGAGUACCAGAUUCCAUGUAUCAGAUGUCACAGAAUCAACCACCACUGUUGAAUAUACCAAGUUUAUCGGGACGAAGUAUUGAAAUGCCUCCUUCAGGAGGAAACAUAAUGUCUGGUAAAUCAGGAGAUGGUAGCAAUGAUGGAUUGCAACCGCCACCUAGAGAACGCGAUAGUAAGGAACCAGGUCCACCUGGACCAUCAUCUUCAGUGGUACCACCGAUUAUUGGUGGCCAACCACCAAUUCAAAGUUUAAUGACUACUGGAAAUUUGGUGACAAUUGGUGGUCCUGGUGGUCAAUAUGCGUAUUCACCAUAUGGACAUGUCCAUAGUCCGAAAGGUAUGCCACCAAUGUCACAACAGAAUGAACCACAAAAUUUGAAAGUGAAACAGGAAAUGCCAAGUGAACCGUCUGGUAUGAGUACAAAUGAUCCGUUACAAAGUUUGAAGGAUGUGAAAAUUCCUGGUUAUAAUCCACAAUCAGAUCGACCUCCUUCAAACACCCCGUAUUUACAAGGUCCACAAGUUGAGAACAUCAAAACGGAACCACAAUCAGAUAUAAUGAUUCCACGAGUUCCAUCAAAUACAUCUCAAAAGAUGUCAAUAAAUAGUCCAUUAACACACCAUUCGGCACAGUAUAUGACAAAUAAUCGCGUCCUAAACGAACCACCUCAGUCACAUCGUGUUAGUGGAGGUGCUGCCCCCGAUGUAAUGCGAUCGCAGGAUCCAAAUGUACGAUCUAUCGAUCAGAAGACCCAAGACCCACGUAACAAUUAUGCCUUCGAACAGCAACAAAGAGUUCAUGCAGAGCGCAUGAGUUUUGGACACUCGCAUAUUGACAAUAGUUUAGAUAAUGAUAAACAAAGAAAUUUACAUACACCUUCUGAUUCAACUUUAAAAGGCCAAUCGUUUCAUGGUGGGGGCUCGGGUGCUGGGGAUCAUGAUCCUAUGAUGCAGACACAUCAACAUCAAUCACCACGUAUGCAGAAUCCAAAUGAAAUGAAACAGGAGUGGGAUCAACCGGGUCGUACAACGCCACGUCAACAUUCCUCAAAUCAACAACAUUCAAAUUCGGGAUCGAACUCAGAAUCAGCGUCACAGAGACUUGAAAUGAAUGAUCAUUAUAUGUCAAGAGUUGAAAAUCUAUCGCCUGGUCCGCGACAGCAUGAACGCAAUCAAUAUGCUCACUCAGCAAUAAAUUUAAUAAGUCCAUCAUCUUCCACAAAAGAUUCAUCAUCGAACAAAGACAUGCCUAUAAAAUCGGAAUCAAUGACAAUAAAAUCGGAAUCGGGACCCCCAUCUAGCUCCAGUCAAGCACAAGUGUCGUCAGCAUGUGUGCCUGUAAUAUCAACACCUACCUCAAUACCUGGACCCUUAAUGCAUGUAUCAACACAACAGAGUCCACUAGGUGGUCCAGGACCUGGAUCUAUGUUUGGACCAACACCAUCAUCGCAUUUGGCUGCACAUCAUAUGGCAGCUGCAGCUGCAAGUCAUCCAGGUCUUAUCCAUCAUGGAUUAUUCGCUGCAGUUGCUCAACAUCAUCAUAAUCCAUUCGGUGGUUAUCCUGGUUACCCUCCAAAUUUACCAUAUCAUGCACCAUUCGGUUAUUCACCGUAUGGGCCACCUCCACCAGGUAUGGGUGGUGGUGCACAUAGUAUACCCGGACAUCCGGCUGGACUUUUACCACCAGCACAUUCUCAACCGUCAAGUCGACCCCCAUACGAUAGCCCCAUUACCUCAAAACCAAGUUCGGAACCAUCGACGAGCAUAACAAGUACAAUGUUGAGCUCACAUCACAGUUCAAGUACUUCCGUAACAACACGACGUGAUAUGAUUGAAGAUGCCGAAAAUAAUCGACAGCAUACGAGUGAAACAAUCUUAACGAAUCAUCAUUCGACCAGUCAUCAUAGUUCUGUACAUUCGACGAAAGGUGACCAACAAGCUGGAUAUGGACCAGGUUUAACAAUUUCUCAUAGUACAUCGCAGUCAUCCUCGGCAAGCUUGCAACAUAAAGUGAAUACUACCCAGAAACCGAUGCGAACGGGUUCACCUCAUGCUAUGAGUCAAAGUUCAAUUAGCCAACAAACUACGUCAAGCAGUAACACACAUCAACACAUCCAUCAUCACGCACAGCUACAUCAUCAUGAGAGGUUGAGUCCUGCUCAUGCAAACAUGCUAGCAAUACAACAUCGUCAACAUGGCCAAAAACCAGGUGGUCCUGGUCAAGGACCUCCACCUUCACAGCAUCCGCUUAUGGUACAACCUCCUAGUUUAGGCGGGCAUGGACUUAGCAUGGGCUUGGGUCCAUCAUCGUCAAGUUCUUUAGAAGCAUUACGCGCACAUGCCGCUCAAGCAGUACAACAAAGUCAAAUGUUACCACCACCAAAUUCUCCUGUGGGACCACCAAUAGGUCAUCAUUUACCACGACACUAUGAUGAUAUCAAAUCAGAACCUCCAAGUCGAUCUUCCUUAUCGAUGUUGAACACAUCAACGGAUUCAGAGAGUGGAUCUAGCAUGCAACAACAAUCAGAUGUGCAACAAAUUGAAGAGGAAAUACCAUCACCGAAUCAUAUGAUACCACGUGGACCAUCACCAGAGCCCAAAAUUGAGGAUACUGAAUGUCAUCGGAGUCAAAGUGCCAUUUUCUUACGACAUUGGAAUCGAGGCGAUUUUAAUUCGUGUACUAGAACGGAUCUAACAUUUAAACCAGUACCCGAUUCAAAACUAGCACGAAAACGAGAAGAACGCUUACGAAAACAAGCGGAAAAAGAACGCGAGGAACGUGAAAAGCAACAAGCAUUACAUCAUUCGCAACAACGUAAAAUAACAACACCUGACAACAAAUCCGACGUAAAACCGCCUAGUCGUGGUCCAAUCGAAACAAUAACCUCACCAUACGAACGAUUUAGCCGUCAAGCGGCUGCCUAUGCUGAUACACCUGCGUUAAGACAAUUGUCUGAGUACGCAAGACCACAUCAUGCUAGUGCGUACGCACGUGGCGCUGGUCCUCCUGGAUUAGGACCACCUCAUUGUCUAGAUCCGAUGUUACAUCAUUAUCAAUUGGGUAACAUGUACGGCAUAGCUAGAGAUCGCUUGGAAUUGGAACAACUCGAACGGGAGAAGCGAGAACGAGAAAUUCGAGAAUUACGCGAACGUGAAUUAAACGAUCGAUUAAAGGAGGAGAUUAUGAAGUCUGCAUCAAUGGCUGCUGGACGACCACCAGGUUCUUCAUUAGGUCCUGGUGGACCACAUUCAGGUGGACCUGGUGGACCACCUCCAGGAAGCUUACCACCUGGUGCUGCUGGAUUAGAUCCUCAUACUUCACAUUGGCUAGAAAUGCAAAGACGAUAUGCGGCGGCAAGUUUAUCAGCUGGACCACAUCCUGGUAGUAUACCCUUAGGAGCUCCUCAUCACUACAAUCCUGCAUUGACUGGGUUAUAUUCACCAGCUGUUGUAGCUCAUCAUCUUGCGGAACGUUUAGGAAUUCCACCACCUCCUCAAGGACCCCCUCAUGGUGUCCCACCUGGUAGCUUAGCUCCACCUGUUUCACAAGCUGGAGGAUCAGGAGGACCAAGUCAAGCUGCUCUCGAAGCAGAACGUCUUGCAUUAGCUACAGAUCCAAUGGUACGUUUACAAAUGGCCGGAAUAUCACCUGAAUAUCAUGCGCAUACGCACGCACAUUCUCAUACACAUUUGCAUUUACAUAAUCAGUCUGGUAGUGGUAGUGGCGGCGGACCUCCUGGCAGUGGACCAGGUGGAUCACAAGGUGGACCUCCUGGAGGCCCCGGUCAACCACCUGAUGGAUCUAGUGGAUCAUCGGGAGGUGCUUCUGGUUUCCCAUUACCACCUUCAGGAGCACCAUACCCGCGACCAUCUUUAAUACCUGGACGUGAUGCGUUAGCAUUACAUCACCAAGAUCUCCUAAGUCGCCCAUACGCUGAUCAAUUAGCACAUCAAGCCGCUGCCCAUGAGCAACUACAAAGACAAAUGCUGAUGGAACGGGAUCGAUUCUCACAUCCAUCAAUUGUGGCCCACGAGGAAUAUUUACGACAACAGCGUGAACGGGAAUUAAAAGUCCGGGCGUUGGAGGAAGCGGCUAGAGGAGGCUCUAGACCUUAGAAAUAUGUAACAAAAUAUAUGCAGCUGUCAAAAGAACUUAUGUAUCACACGAGGGAAAACGCAGUCUUUUACAGAGAGCAGCGCUAAUCAAGUUUGUAUGUAACCAUUUAACCAAAAAAAAUAAUAAACCGUUCGUUGUUCACCCAUCAAAUUUAUUUUUGCUAAUUUUUUUUAAAACUUAAAAAACUUGCUCUAACUCUUGUGAAUAAAUAACUGGGAAGCAAUUUAUUUACAUUCAAAAAAUUACGACUCAUCAAAGAAAAAACACAAAUUUGUUGUGCAAUAUCUUUAAAAAAACAAUGCCGCCAUUUUGAAAUACAUGUCACUAAUUUUAAGGUUAUGUUUUAACAUGUAAUGUUUGUUAUUCUGUUUCCGAGGAUUUUCACGUUAGUGAUAUACACAAAAAAUUUAAUAAUUUCCCAACGUCCGAAGAUAACGUAUUGGAAGAAUUUGUUUAAUAAAUUCCACAAGAAGAAUUCCGAAAUAUUCCAACUAUUGACACUUGGAAUAAAGAUGGCGACCAUCAAAACUUUUAUCCAUUGCUUUAUCUACGGACUUUGGUUAUUCCUAAUUUGAUUAUGGUCGUAUAAACAGGUCUAGAUACGAAAUUUAAGUAGAAUUUCUUCUGGUGGAAGUUAAAACCUCGAAAAAUAUAUUAUUGACAUAGCUAAGUUAUUACGUCAUACGGCUGUGUAAACUGAAAGUUUAAAUUAUAAGCAAUUAUCAUACAAAAUAUUAAAGUAUUUGCUUACACAGCCAACUGACGUCAUGACCACAGAGUAAUAUGGCGUAUAUUGCGUCCAACAUUAAAAUCAGUCAAAUUACGCGCGAAAUUUGAAAAUGUAAAAUUUAAAUGCAUUUUUAAAAAAUGGAUGUAAUAAGAAAGAUUUGGUCCGCUUCAUUUGUAAUCCUACGCCAUCUGUACAGACUUCAAAGCGGGCGGGUAUCAGCUAGAUAAACAAUAGAGCUAUCUCGCUUUCAAUUUUACUGUGCCCAGUCCUGAUUAUACGACUAUGGUUGUGUGUUGACAAAAAUUUUUCAGGCCAAAUUUUAUUUCGAAGUCGUACUCGUGAUUAUAAUAAGUUUAUUUUGUUUCUCGUGAAAACGGGAUAUUUUUUUUUAAAUAAUUGAUGUUAUGGAAAAAUAAAUUUACCCCCCGUAAUUAUGCUCAGGGAUAAUAAGAUUUUUGCAUGUUAAAAAAAUUGACUUAAAAUAAGCCGAAUAAAAAUAAAAAAUUUCCUGUAAUAUAUAUGUUAUCGGGUGUUUAAAUUUAAGCGCUACGAAUUUCUAUCAGACCUAGCAUUUCUUUGAAAUUAUGACAAAACUGUUGGGAAACUCACAGAAUUAGAAAUCAAUGAUUUUUAAAUGUUUUCAAAUUUCUCUCUAUUGUGCCAAAUUUCAAGAUUGAAGAAUAACUGAAAGUCUGUUUUCGAAAUUGACCAUGUAUGUAACCUAAGAAUUUACGGCAACCUAAGUCAACAUUCAUCUAGAAUUCGUAAAAAUACGGAAAAUCUUAACAGCGAUUUCUU